GGGCUGGCAGCCAAUCGCUUGUUCACGAGACGAAGGACAGCCUAUGCGUUGCGGGUUCCACAAACGCUCCCGACGACGAGGGAUGACGCGGCGGACUGGUGUUCGACGUCGGCGAGCGCGUUUGGUCAUCCCGCUAUGAGAGCAGGCCACUGAGGAUCGAAAAUAGAUACCGCCGACGUGUCAUAGUCCCACGACACGUCGACAGCCGGGUAGAGUGGAUACAGGGAGAGCUCGGCGGAUAGAGAAUAUGGCUCGGCCUGAGGCGACUCGAAACGUACGCUUCCUCGGUAUGAACCUCUCCCAGUCCGUCUGGCCUCCACUCAAUCGCCCCUCUCCUUUCCCUUCCCUCCUCCAAAUGGUCUUGAAGCGACAGGAGAGCGACCGUGCUCGUGGGCGAAAAGACCCACAUGUCUGAGCCCCGUAUCUCGAGCCCUCCUGCCUAUCUUCCCAUUCUAAACCUCCUACGGAUUGUCUUGAAGUAACGGAUGUACACGUUUCCGUACGUGCAUGCGGACGUGGACGCGAUCGACGAAGGGCGAGUAGGCGUCCGCCAACUCGCUCGCACUGACCCGGAAUAGGCAUUGCUGGCGUGGUGUGGAUCACGUCGAGAGGCAAGAGGUUCUAAAUGCUGGUGUGGAUGCGGCGGGGGGGGAUGAUGGUGGCACCUGAGAGAAGCGACGUACGUCGUCGUCGGCCAUGAGCGCGAACGACGAGGCUAAGCGCCCGAUGAAGCAUUCGCUCGAGUUUGGUGUCGAUGGCUACGACAGCAUUUGUCUGAUUGGUGAUCGUUGUCUCAUCUUGUUCGUAGCCCCCUUCUCUGAUCCUGCGUAUCUUCGCUGUCCCAUCCCGAGCCUUUGCCAGUCGAGAGCGAUGCUUCUGGACGCUUCCGACGUAUGUGGUGUUACGAUGGGGUUUUGGAGGCUGUUGGUGGUCGAUUCGAAGAGGUGGGGAUGCGUCGACGGUGAUACCGAUGUUGGUUCCCCGUCGAGAGUGCGAUGUUUUCCUGUGAGCUAUAGACCAUCGUCGAGCGGGGUGUAUGUAGUCGUCGAGACCGAGACGACGACCAGUCUCCUUCGCGAUAGCGAGGGUCGAGGGAUGACGCCGGGGUCACUUGGAUAGUGAACGAGAAGCCGAGAGAUCAGGUUGGACGAAGGCGCUGGUAUCGGACUCUUUGCCGCCUGGAUUCGACGUGUCGUGGUUUCCAAAGAUGUGUCGGUAGUGAGGGUAACGGGGUCGGAUGGAAGUGGGGCUCGACCUCUCUUGUACGAGGGAGAAUGGUCAUAAGACCCAGAGGGAAUGGGAUAUAAAAGAAAACGGAAACAAAUAAAGAUAAAAGAAAACGGAAACAAAUAAAACAAAAAGAAACGACACGACGCUACGCGAAGGAGAACGCACCGGAGGCGAAAGAACCCAAACGCGAUUAUUUCCUUUGAAUUUGGCCCGCAUCCCGAGCCCUUGUUCCUCUCUGGAUCGUCUUGAAGCAACGGGAAUGCACAUUUGUGUGCGCGUUUGCGUAUGCGGGCGUAAUCGAGGGAGAGUGAGGGAAAGUCGUUCCCUCACUCCCGAUCGGAAUAGAUCACGCGGUGACCGUGGUUCCCGAUGAGAUGUCGAGGUGAGUAUGGGGAUGAAAGCGAGAGCCAUCGACGCUCCGUCGUUCUGAUUCGAAUAGGCGCCCGUCGAGCCGUCGCGCGUUCCACAGACGUGUCAGCGA